ACAAUAAGCAACACACCCUCACAGACAUAAAAACACCUCCUCCCGAGAGAGUUUACGAAGAAGAACGAAAACAAUCAUCGUAUAGAAAACCGGAAAGAACGGCAUAUAUCAAAACAGAACAAAAGGUCAAACAUAAGUCAAAACCCACCUAUGAGCAACCUCGAAAAAAAUCCCCAUCACUGAACAGUACAGAACGGUCAGAUCAGAAACGACCUAUUCCACCGCAAAAACCACAAGAAUCACAAAGGCUUCACGAUCCCAAAGGUUAUUACAAAAUUCUAGGAUUGGAUUAUCUCACCUUAGUACCAGACGAUGAUAUAAUUAAAAUAGCUUUUUCAAGCACACUGAAGAAGAUUGAAGGUGAAUAUGUUGGUCAUAUGCAUCUUCCAUCUGAAGAAAGACGGGAAAAGGACGAGAAGAUACGAAAACUAAUUGAGGCGAGGAACGCUCUAAUAAAAU